AUGGAGAAUCCUGAAGGAAGAAGAAGAGAUAUAGCCAUAACCGAUGGAGAGAAUACGACCGGUCCUUCUGUCCUGGUUGCAACCAUAGCAGCCAUGGUAGUGGUCGGACCGCUUCUGGGACUGAUGAGUUUCAGCUUCGUGGCGACGGUGACUCUGUUUCUCACCCUUUCUCCGUUGAUGCUGAUCUUCGUUCCGGUUUUGAUGGUGACGGUGGCGAUUCUUGUGGCGGCUAUGGUUGGUGUUGGUGUGGCUGCAGCCAUGUGGUUGAUGGGGAUAGCCGCUUUGGUGUGUUGUGGACGAGAGUUUGGUGUUGGGAGUGGAGUGGCUGAGCGGAUGGUUGAGCCACUGGUGAGAGAGUUAGGUUAUGGUCGGAGUCGUUACUUGCGUGAUAAGUCAGAGGAUGGUUCUUUUUCUCAAGCUUACUCUUCGUAG